AUGCCUUCAAAGGGUCCCAAGAAAACAAGAACCCGGCCAAGUGUCGCGUCGAAGAGUUCCGAGAGGCGGCAGCAUGGCUUGCUUGGCCCCAAUUGGAGUCUCACAUCGGUGUUGUUCACUGGUGUAGUGGCACUCUCCGCGGGCCUUUAUAUGGCUAAUCCCAGUGUUGAGGCUAUAUUGGAUAAAUUUCGACCCAUUGGUCGGGAUAGCUAUUGGAAAACCCAGCAAGAAGAAGUCAAGGACGUGUUUGUCACAAGCUGGGAUGCAUACUCUAAACAUGCCUGGGGAAAGGAUGUCUUUCAUCCCAUUGCCAAGACUGGAGACCAAAUGAGUCCCAAAGGGCUUGGAUGGAUCAUCGUCGACAGUCUUGACACAUUAAUGAUUAUGAAUCUAACUUCUCAGCUCUCUGAUGCUCGAAAGUGGGUCAAUCGGGAUCUGACGUACGACCAGGAUCAAGAUGUCAACACUUUUGAGACUACCAUUCGCAUGCUAGGCGGGCUUCUGUCGGCGCACUAUUUGUCCACUCAACUUCCUGAUGUUGCAUCUCGUCGGGACUACGUUUACCUCCAAAAGGCGAUUGACCUCGCAGACCGACUUCUUAGCGCUUAUGAGUCUCCUUCCGGAAUUCCAUAUGCUAGUGUGAAACUAUCCACCCGAGAAGGUAUUCAGUCUCAUGCAGAUGGUGGUGCCUCGUCGACUGCUGAAGCUACGACCCUUCAACUGGAAAUGAAGUACCUUGCGCAUAUCACAGGCAAGGAAGUCUACUGGCGCAAGGCCGAACACGUCAUGAAGGUGAUCGACGACCACCGUAUGCCAGAUGGCUUGUUGCCUAUUUUUGUGCACCCAGAUACAGGAAAUUUCCGCUACCAGGAGAUCCGUCUUGGAAGCCGCGGGGACUCCUACUACGAGUACUUGGUCAAGCAAUAUCUGCAAACAUCCGGAGAUGAGCCGAUAUAUAGCGAGAUGUGGGAAGAGGCUCUGGAAGGUAUCCAAAAGCACCUUGUCACUACCACCAAGCACUCCAAUCUCCAAUUUAUUGCGGAGCUUCCAACUGGUAUUGGUGGGAAGCUGUCUCCGAAAAUGGACCACCUUGUUUGUUUCUUGCCAGGUUCAAUUGCAAUUGCUGCUACCGAAGGACGAACCGAGGCUGAAGCGCGCAAGCUGCCAACCUGGAACGCUAAAAAGGAGGAGCAGAUGAAGCUAGCAAGAGAGCUCAUGAAAACCUGUUGGGCGAUGUACGCUGUGACAGACACCGGGUUGUCGCCCGAAAUUACCUGGUUUGAGGCUGACGAUGCCGAUCUCCGACCCCAGCCGGGGUCAAGACCCCUCGAGAAAAGCAAGAAUGACGUGAAUUCAUGGAAGAAGGACCUGAUUAUUAAGCCUCUCGAUGCGCAUAAUCUGCAGCGCCCGGAAACUGUUGAGAGUCUCUUUUUGAUGUUCCGAGUUACAGAAGAUCCUCUUUACAGGAAAUGGGGAUGGGAAAUUUUCCAAUCUUUCAAGAAGCACAUGCUUAUCCCCGACGGCGAAGGGUAUACCUCUUUGAACGAUGUUACCAAGGUUCCUGCGCCCUACCGUGAUAGUAUGGAAAGCUUUUGGCUGGCUGAAACUCUGAAGUAUUUGUACCUUCUCUUCUCACCGAAGGAGUAUCUCCCACUCACAGAUGUUGUGUUCAACACGGAGGCGCAUGUUCUACCUCGAUUCAAGCAGUCCAAAUUCCAAACUGGCUGGGAGCGAAAGAAGCGUUAA